AUGUAUAAGCUGGUCUCCUGCUGUUUGCUUUUCAUAGGAUCCUUAAAUCCGCUCCUGUCUCUUCCUGUCCUUGACUCCAGGCAAGAGUCCCUGCAGUUCUUAGCACCUGAAGAUGUCAGAUCAACUCUGGAUGAGCUGGAAAGAGCGUCUCUUCUGCAGAUGCUGCCAGAGAUGUCAGGCGCAGAGACAGGAGAGGGUCUUAGGAAAGCAGAUCCCAUUACCAACAUUUUUUACCCAAGAGGAAACAUGAGAAAGGCUUUUUCUGGGCAAGAUCCUAAGCUUUUCCUGAGUGACCUUUUGUCCAGAAUCAGGAAACAAUCUAAGAAACGUGGACCUUCCUCUGAAUGCUUCUGGAAAUACUGUGUCUGA